GCCCCGGGGACAUUGGUCUCAUGUCCUAGGAAGAAGCGUGGAUGGUCUUGCCCUGGCUCAGCUGCUCAGUUUCUCCACUACGUGGCAUGCCUGGAUGUCCCUGCCCUGGCUGUGGCAUGGCGGGCCCAAGGCUCCUCUUCCUGACCGCCCUUGCCCUGGAGCUCUUGGGAAGGGCUGGGGGUUCCCACCCGGCCCUCCGGAGCCGGGGGACUGCGACGGCCUGCCGCCUGGACAACAAGGAAAGCGAGUCCUGGGGGGCUCUGCUGAGCGGAGAGCGGCUGGACACCUGGAUCUGCUCCCUCCUGGGUUCCCUCAUGGUGGGACUCAGUGGGGUCUUCCCGUUGCUCGUCAUUCCCCUAGAGAUGGGGACCAUGCUGCGCUCAGAAGCUGGGGCCUGGCGCCUGAAGCAGCUGCUCAGCUUCGCCCUGGGGGGACUCUUGGGCAAUGUGUUUCUGCACCUGCUGCCCGAAGCCUGGGCCUACACGUGCAGCGCCGGCCCUGGUGGUGAGGGGCAGAGCCUGCAGCAGCAGCAGCAGCUGGGGCUAUGGGUCAUUGCUGGCAUCCUGACCUUCCUGGCGUUGGAGAAGAUGUUCCUGGACAGCAAGGCAGAGAGGACCAGCCAGGCCCCCAACAAAGACCCCACUGCUGCUGCCGCUGCGCUCAAUGGAGGCCACUGUCUGGCCCAGCCGGCCGCAGAGCCCGGCCUCGGUGCUGUGGUCCGGAGCAUCAAAGUCAGUGGCUACCUCAACCUGCUGGCCAACACCAUCGACAACUUCACCCAUGGGCUGGCUGUGGCUGCCAGCUUCCUUGUGAGCAAGAAGAUCGGGCUCCUGACAACCAUGGCCAUCCUCCUGCACGAGAUUCCCCAUGAGGUGGGCGACUUUGCCAUCCUGCUCCGGGCUGGCUUUGACCGAUGGAGCGCAGCCAAGCUGCAACUCUCGACAGCGCUGGGGGGCCUGCUGGGCGCCGGCUUUGCCAUCUGUACCCAGUCCCCCAAGGGAGUAGAGGAGACGGCAGCCUGGGUCCUGCCCUUCACCUCUGGAGGCUUUCUCUACAUCGCCUUGGUGAACGUGCUCCCUGACCUCUUGGAAGAAGAGGACCCGUGGCGCUCCCUGCAGCAGCUGCUUCUGCUCUGUGCGGGCAUUGUGGUGAUGGUGCUGUUCUCGAUCUUCGUGGAUUAACCUUCCCUGAUGCCCUGACGCCCCUGCCCCCUGCAGCAAUAAGAUGCUCGGAUUCACUCUGUGACUGCCUAUGUGAGAGGCAGAGAGGGCGAGUGCCUGCGAGAGAGAAUGAGCCUCCCACCAGACAGGAGGGAGAUGUGCGUGGAUGUGUGUGAUGUGCACAUGUGGCCAGAGGCGUGUGUGCGAGACCGACACUGUGAUCCCUGUGCUGGGUCCGGGGCCCAGUGUAACGCCUGUCCCCAGCCAUGCUGUGGUUACCUCUCCUUGCUACCCUGUCAUCUUGCACCUCCCGGAGUGAGCAGCGAGGAACAGCAGCACUGGUCCUAAGCAGAGGCCUUGCCCUGCUGGGACCCCGGGAGUGAGAGCAGCCCAAGGAUCCCAGGGUGCAGGGAACUCCGGAGCUGCCCACCUCCUGCUGCCCCCUCUGCACACGCAGCCAGUCCCCAGGUGGCUUAGGGGCUAAGGCUGGGGCGGCUUCUCUCCCUUUUCCUGGCCCUUCCUUUCCCACCUCUAAACCAAAGAAAGGAGAGGCAGGUGCUCGUGUAUCCCAGCCCCACUCAGCACUGACAGCCCUCAGCUUCUAGCAGUGAGCUGGGAGGCGCUUCCUAAGACCCUUUCCUCAGGGCUGCCCGCCCUGGGAGCUCAUUCCUGGUCAACACACCCUGGCAGCACCAGCAGCUCAUGUCACCUCCGGCUGCCAAACAGCAGCCUGCUGGGCAGGGAGCAGCCGCAGGCCAGAGAGGCCUCCUGGUCCAGCUCAGGGACGCUCCUGCCAGCACAGGGGCCAGGGACUCCUGGAGCAGGCACAGAGCGAGCCCAGGCUGCUCUCCCUAGCUCAGGCCCCUUUCCUUCCCCACUGGGGUUGGGGUAGGUGGGGGCGGUGAGGGCUCCGAGUUGUCAGCGCUCAGGAAUGUGCUCCGGGAGAGUGCUGAAGCCAUAAUCCCCAAGCAUUUCCCUUGGCUGAUGCCCAGGUACUCAGCUGGCCCACUCCACAGCCAGGCCUGGCCCUGCCCUUGACCAUGGAUGUUUUCAGAAGUGGCCAUCGAGAGGUCUGGGUGGUUUUAUAGCAACUUUGCUGUGAUUCCGUUUGUAUCUGUAAAUAUUUGUUCUAUAGAUAUACAAAUAAAUAUUAUCCACA